AUGAAGCCUCAGAAGCUUGAACCUCUUUGUGGAAACCAUGGAGAGAGAGUCACGAAUCUACACCAACAGGAUCUACCCACGCCUACAUGUGGCUUGGACAAGGCUAAUCAACUGCGCACUGUUCAGAACAAGGUAGAUUAUUCAUCGAAGAAUGGCCUUGAACCAGAUCUAAUUGAUUUGUUUGAUAGUUUUGGGGCAGUGCUUGCUCAUAUGGCAGGAUCAUGUUCAUUCGACUUGCCUCUCACAAAAGGAAUUGUUGGCUUUUAG